AUGAUGGGAAAAACAAAUGGGAGCCGUGACUUGCGGCCGGUGUUCUUUUUUGAUAUUGACAACUGUCUCUAUUCGCGGGGUGUGUAUAGCAAAAUCCACGACUUGAUGCAGGAGCUCAUUGACAAGUUCUUUGUCCGGCAUCUGUCCCUCAGCGUUGAGGACGCGGUGAUGCUGCACCGCAGAUACUACAGGGAAUACGGCCUUGCCAUUGAAGGGCUAACUCGCUUCCAUAAGAUCGACCCUCUUCAGUUUAACAAGGAAGUGGACGAUGCACUGCCGCUGGACGAGAUCCUGAAGCCGAACCCGCGGCUGCGACGGCUGCUGGAGGCGUUUGACCGGUCCAAGGUGAAGCUGUGGCUAUUGACAAACGCAUACGUCACCCACGGGAAGAGGGUGGUCAAGCUUUUGGGGGUGGAGGACAUGUUUGAGGGCAUCACCUACUGCGACUAUGGAGCGGAGAAGUUAAUCUGUAAACCCGACCGGGAGAUGUUCUUGAAGGCAGAGAGGGAGGCCGGGGCGCCUUCUAGGGAAGAGUGUUACUUUGUUGACGAUUCACACCUGAACUGUCGUCAUGCGCAGGCUCACGCCUGGACUACUGUGCACUUUGUCGAGCCGAGCCUCCCGGCUCCAGAGACUCGAGCAUCAAAGUAUCAGAUCAGUGACCUUGAGGAGAUCAGGGCUCUGUUCCCACAAUUUUUCAAAGAGACCAGCUAG